CAGAAGUUUAAAGGAAAAACUGAUUUAUAUGGAAACUCAACUUGGGAAUGCAGUCUGCUGAUCAAAAUCCUGGAACAGUCCCAUCAUGGAGAGAAAUUAUACACAAGGAUUGACCCUGAAAAUGUUGUGUGGCACACCUACAAAUUUGAUGAUGUCACCUCUAACAAUCCUUUGUCAAUGCAAGUUCACAGCCACCCAGCAUCAAUAUUUAUGGAGGUGAAAGGAUGGGUGACACCAUCACAAUAGUGUGUUCAGCUGUCCACUCGUGUCCAUACAGCAAACCCAACAUCAUUCUGAAAGGGUAUAGAAGGAACUGACAAAAUAGGACAAUGAGCAAAAUAAUGAUGGCCUGUGGAAAAUCACUCUGACACGCACAGGUGUCAUAAAAGCAGAAAGCACCACUAUUGAGUGUUCAGUAACACAUCAUGGUGGCAUAACAGUGACAGCUACAAAGGUCAAAAGUGCACAGUGUGUUCAUCAAAAAAUGAUGAUUGAGCCUGAACUGGCAGAAUUCUCAGAGGGCGUCGCAAAGAACUUCAUUUGCUCCGUCUAUCACUCCUGCCAGAAAGAGACUCCAACCAUCACAUGGAACUAUGAGAACAUGCAGGUCUCAACGGGGACGAACCCACUUUCUGGUUUAGAUCGGAUCACCUAUUCCAGCAUAACCUUUCUGGGUUCAAAACAAGACCAUGGGAAGAAACUGAUUUGUACUGCAAAAUUUUCUGGAGGAAAAACUGAAACCUUUGUUGUUUUACAUGUACAACGUGUUAUGAAGUAUGAUGUUUUGGGAUUGGAAGUGAGAAUGCCAAAAGAAAUUCAUGGCCUCCAGGGUUCCUGUCUGGUUAUACCAUGUUCUUUCUCUUACACGUCAAAACCACCCAAAGACCCACGUAGAGUUGUGUGGUAUCAGUGGGUCUCUGACGGUUCUCCUUUAGUUUAUGAUCCUUUGCACGCAGGUGAUGUCAUUGAGAAGUUUAAAGGAAAAACUGAUUUAUAUGGAAACUCAACUUGGGAAUGCAGUCUGCUGAUCAAAAUCCUGGAACAGUCCCAUCAUGGAGAGAAAUUAUACACAAGGAUUGACCCUGAAAAUGUUGUGUGGCGCACCUACAAAUUUGAUGAUGUCACCUCUACAAUCCUUGUCAAUGCAAAUCCACAGCCACCCAGCAUCAAUAUUUAUGGAGGUGAAAGGAUGGGUGACACCAUCACAAUAGUGUGUUCAGCUGUCCACUCGUGUCCAUACAGCAAACCCAACAUCAUUCUGAAAGGGAUAGAAGGAACUGACAAAACAGACAAUGAGGAAAAUAUUGAUGGCCUGUGGAAAAUCACUCUGACACGCACAGGUGUCAUAAAAGCAGAAAGCUCCACUAUUGAGUGUUCAGUAACACAUCAUGGUGGCAAACCAGUGACAGCUACAAAAGACAUAAGUGCACAGUGUGUUCAUCAAAAAAUAACAAUUGAGCCUGAACUAGCAGAUGUCACAGAGGGCGUCGCAAAGAACUUCACUUGUUCCGUCUAUCACUCCUGCCAGAAAGAGACUCCAACCAUCACAUGGAACUAUGAGAACAUGCAGGUCUCAACGGAGAGGAACACACUUUCUGGUUUAGAUCAGAUAACAUAUUCCAACAUAACCUUUCUGGGUUCCAUAGAUGAUCAUGGAAAGAAAUUGAUUUGCACUGCACAAUUUUCUGGACAAAGCACAGAAACCUAUGUUGUCUUACAUGUAAAACAGUAUCAAAAACCAGUGGAUCCAAUCCAGAAUGAAACUUUUUUUCAGUAUGAGGCAGAUGUGAUACCCAAGAUCACUGCGUUGCCUCGUUCCUGUGUGGUAAUACCGUGCAGUUUCAAGAUGGCAGAAGAAUUUGUCACUCAACUUCGUGUUCUUUGGGUCACCAAAAAAGGUGGCUACAUGUUCCACACAGACUCACAUGACGUCUUAGACAACUUUAAAGACCGUACAAGGCUUCUCGGAAACCCAGAUGAGCAGAACUGUACUGUGGAGAUGGAUAAUGUGCAAACUCAUGACAACGGGCCAUUCUGCUUCAGAGCAGAAAAAGAAAAUGAGAAAUAUAGUUUCAACAACAGCUGUGUGUUCAUUAUAAUGCGAGCAUCUCCUGACAAACCUGUGAUGUCGUCCCUCCCUGAAGACCUCGAGCCCGGGACACGCGUCACCGUCAAAUGUUCAGUCAACCACACAUGCUCCUCUCACCCUCCCAAAAUUACCUGGAGCGUCCCAACAGCCCGAGAAACUAUCAGUCACAAUCACAUGGGUGGAGGCGUCUGGGAAACAGUGUCCACUGUGAUCUUCAUUCCAACUGGAUAUGAAGAAAAAGAUGAAAUUGUCUGCAGUGCCAACUUUUGGGGUGGUAAAACUCAACAGAACAAUACUGCCUUCCUGAGUGUUAAGAGAGUUCAAGAAAUUAAAUUGGAGACUCUCGGGCUUUAUGCCAUUGCUCCAUCACUUGUGUUCAUCCUCAUUUGUGUACUUGCUGGAGUCUGCAUAUACAAGAGACGGCACAGACAACCUCGUCAAGAUAUACAAGGGUUACAAACACAGUCUGAACACAGGAGAUCACUUUGGAACAGAUUUUCAAGUCAUUUUGAUAUGCCUGAUGGAAGAGCAGCUUGGACUAACAGAGGAAACAGGAGUGAUAUCAGGAACAUUGAAAAUGCUCCUGCAAGACCACCAAAGCCUGAACAAAGACGGAGCAUCUGGAGCCGCUUUUCUAGACACCAAUCACCCAGAAACAAUGCAAAUCUGAGAGUAGAAUACAAGGCAAACAACACAUGUACAGUGUCAGGAAAUAAGCCUUUCUCCAAACCUCAUAUUCCAUCACCAAAGAGUGAGCCAAAAUCCUACCGUGGUUCUGAUUAUAAUGCUGCUUGCACCAACCUAUAUGGAAAUAUCUAAUGAAAAUGAAACAUCAUCGGAUCUGUGCAUUAGCAAUUGCAGCAUGUGCUCGGAGUUUGAGUCCAGAUCACGUAAUUUCCCCAUCCUGUUCCUCUGUUCAACAUUGUUUUAUUGAUGACAACAAUGUGAAAUGGAUACGAAAAACAAAAAACAACAACAACAAAAAAAUGUUAUGAUCCUAUGCUUCAGGAAGUUUCCAAUUUUAUACACGCAAAUACAUAAAUACUUUUUUCCUGUCUGUAGUUUGUAACUGUGUAUUGAUUUUAACAUGCUUUCAUGCUUCAUAUAUUAUUCUGUAUAAUUUUUUUUUUUUAAAACAAAAUACCUUUUGUAUGUAACUGUAUUACAAUUACUUUUUUACUUUUUUUUUUUUUUUUUGCAUGAAAUUAAUCUUGUACUACCUUUCUUUAAAAUAAAGAAACAUAAGUUUGUUUAAGUGUUCACAGUUUUUUUGUUUGUUUGUCUCAUAGUUCCUUAUAUAUAUAUAAUAUAAAUAUAUAUCAAAGCAAUAACAACAUAGCUCCCCUUCUCUUUCUGACCCCAACCUUAAGCCUUCAUUAACUUCAUGAAUUUUAUAUUUUGCUGUGCUUGAUACUAGAUUCUUACCCAGUCCACUUGUUUUGAUUACUAACUUGAAUGUUAGUAAUAAAAAAGGGAAAUUAUUUACAUUUAAGUAUAAGCAAAAUGCAGAAAAGUAAUUCAUUUUGAAGCCACUUUCACUUCUCAGUUUGGUAGU